AUGGCAGCGCCACAGAACUUCUACCAGGAGGCAAACCGAGCUAUGCCUGGUGUUGUACAAGCCUCAGGACAAUCGGACAUGUAUCCUCCGGAAUUCGCGCCUACCCAGUACGGAGGCUCCCCACAUCAAGGCUUCGAUGGGCCGUCUCUGACCCGCGACGUUGUGCAAGCGUCAUUGGAAAGGCUGGAGACGAAAAUCAACGAGGUCCAAAUCCUCAUUCAAAAGCUCUACGACCAUACAAAGGGGGUUGUGACUCAAAACGGCACGAACAACUUUGAUGAGAAGCUUGAUGCAAUUAAAGUAGAGGUUGAACGUCGCAAUCAGCUUGAUCGCGUAGAGGAUAAGGUGGACAGAAUGGUGAAGAUCAUAGAGAUGAGCGUCAGCAGACGAAACAGUGACUUGGACAGGGACUAUAGAGUCGAUAAAAAGAACGGCACGGGCUUUCCUACAGGAAAGAGCAAGACGCCGUUCCCUCCACGGCCGCCCACACCGGGGCCCAAGUCGUCGAAACGACCAACAGCGCCCAAGGCAUUCUCUUCGGACACGUACAUCUCACUGCUGGAGCAUGAGAACGAACAAAUCAGGUUGCUCAACCGGGAGCUCCAGGGACACAUCAAGAGUUUAGAAGCGAAGAUCGACGUGGAGAAGGAGCGUCGGCGCUUGUCGACGGAACAGAUUGGGCGGCACAGCGAGGAGCUAAAACACCGCGACAAGUUGAUCGCCGAUAUUGCUGACACCAUCAUCAGCGAGUUCCAGCGCUACAAGGAUGUCUUGACCAACCGGGGAGAGGAGGUGACAGUCUGCUAUAGCGGUUUUGAUUCCGACUCUACCGUCUAG